GGUCGAAAACAAAAGAACAAGCCUUUCUUUCUCUCUUUUUCUCUCUCUCUCUCUCUUUCUUGUUCAUUUUCUCUCACUUGAAACAUGCACACGGUGCUCUGAAAGUUCUAACCCCAUAUUUGGGAACACUCUGGGACGAUAUUAUAGCAUAUCUCUAGAAAGGUGAUUCUUCUCACUCUCUCUCUCUCUCUCUCCAAGACACUAUUUAAAUACAACCAUAGCCCUCUUCUUUCUCCCAUGCAUUACUACUUGUCUUGAUUUCUUUCUCGAUCCCCAACAUCACUAGCUAGCUCCUUGUACACACUCUACAACCCCACCUAGCUACAUCACUUAAUUAGUUUUACCAAUUUCAAAUUCUCACCUGUCACUAGCUAUAUUUCAUAACUGAUCAUUACCAACUCAUCACUACAUAUUAUUGGCUAGGAUUCACCAUUAGACUUAAGAUUAGUUGAUUUAUUACAUAUAUAAGAUGUCUAGCAGGAGGUCACGGUCAAGGCAAACAAGUAGUUCAAGGAAUAUCACCGAUGAUCAGAUCAAUGAUCUUGUCUCUAAGUUGCAACAGCUUCUUCCAGAGAUUCGCGAUAGGCGCUCUGACAAGGUUUCAGCUUCCAAGGUGUUGCAAGAGACAUGCAACUAUAUUAGAAGCUUACACAGGGAAGUGGGUGACCUAAGCGAGCGUUUAUCUGAGCUCCUGGAUACAACUGACACGGCUCAAGCUGCAAUAAUUAGAAAUUUACUGAUGCAAUAGAUCGGUGCAGUUGUUAAUUUAUCGUAUAAUUCAUAGUUAACACUUCAGUACUUGUGAACCGAUCCAGUCACUGGUCGUGUAUUUCUUAUUCUCUUUUCGUUUCACUUUUUUUUUUUUUUUUUGUGCUGGUUCUUGUCCACUAAUAUGAAUGAUUACUGCUUUUGCAAAGCCCAAUUUCCUUAUAUAUUAAAUAAAAGUUUCAGAGUUCGUGCUUUGCUAAAUUAAA